GAUUGAACAUGGAUUUCUCCCAUGUUCAGUCACUUUACCCCUUCCCAACUCCACAAAUGUCGGAAGAAGAUUUCAAGGUCUUUCACGGCAUUGAUAGAAUGCUCUUCACACGGCUAGUCAUCGGACUGGGGCGUGACCCCGCCGAGUCCAUCCAACUCAUGGCGUUCUUGUUGUGGCUGGAACGCACCGCCCGGAACGGCGUCCAUUUGGUUGACCAGGUCUUGAGUCUGCCGCCGCAGUCGGUCAACGAGGUGGCGGAUGAGGCGGCGUUGUGUCUGAAAUGCAUCGAGAACGAGCAUUUCCCCGUCGUCUUCGUGGCUCCCACCCUCACCAAGAUGAUCAGCAGCCUUGUUAGCCCCGUUGACCUCCGCCGCAACCGGGUCAACGUUCUUCGCGGGGUCAACAAAUGUGUCAACGAAGUGUGCUUUAGGGCUUUCGAUGACAUCCUACGUUUGCAUCGGUUAUCCGCGGGAGCGGCUCCGACCGCCGUCGUUUCUGGACCCAUGCAGGUGGGGUCCACUCGUGUGUCUAGCCCUACUAAGAAAGGGGAAGUAAUGGAGGAUAAGGAUAGAGCAGUAGGGGAGGGUGGAGGAGUGCAUCCCGAUGAGAGGACCAUCUUCUUGACCUUCUCUAAGGGAUACCCUAUUUCUGAGCAAGAAGUGGCCGAUUUCUUUUCUAGGAAAUUCGGUGAUAGCAUAGAGUCAAUUCAGAUGCAAGAGGUGGCGUCGGGCGAACAAGUUUUGUACUCAAAACUGGUGGCGCGAUCACUACGUGCACUUGAGACCAUAGUGCGCGGCGGCAGAGCUAAGUAUAACAUCAACGGUAAACAUGUCUGGGCUCGCAAGUACAUCAAAAAGAAGAGCUCUUCCACUAAUAAAAAUUCUCCGUCAUCACCGCCGAUAACGGCGGCCGCCGCUUUUUCCUCGAACCCCUGAUGAUUUCAUUUCACACUACAAUUUCUUGUAUUAAUG